UCCCCAGCUGCCUGUCAAAACGCCGCUACGAGGCAGGAAGCAGUUCGAAUCAUUCCUAUGUUCAACCUUGUGUCGAGCACAUAUCCCAGUCCCAAAUAAAAAUAAAAAGCUGCCUUCAAUCAAUAACAACCGACCUGAUCUUUGAUAAUGUCCAAGUUUAAUGUCUUGGUGAUCUUCUGGUGUGCCGUGAUGCUGAUGCAGCCUUGGAUGGGGCAGGGCCUGCGCAUCAAGCGCUCGCAUGUCCAGCUGAAUGCUACAGCUGUGGCAUCCACUUCUGGACCGUUGAUGGCAACUCAAGCGGGCAACGGCACAACUUCCGGAACCGCCAAAGCAAUGGCAACAGUCGCUAGCACGGCUAAUCCUCAAACUGUGGUUAAAUCAUCCACUCGGCAAGAGCCUGCCGUGGACAACGACAAGGCUGGCGCCAUGGAAGACCCUACAAUCACCACAACACACACAUCCGCACCCAAAAUCGAUGAGCCACUAGUGGGGCCAUCGACUGGACUGGUAAACACUUUACUGCCCGUGAUGCUGAUGCGGACUUGGAUGGGGCAGGGCCUGCGCAUCAAGCGCUCGCAUGUCCAGCUGAAUGCUAAAGCUGUGGCAUCCACUUCUGGACCGUUGAUGGCAACUCAAGCGGGCAACGGCACAACUUCCGGAACCGCCAAAGCAAUGGCAACAGUCGCUAGCACGGCUAAUCCUCAAACUGUGGUUAAAUCAUCCACUCGGCAAGAGCCUGCCGUGGACAACGACAAGGCUGGCGCCAUGGAAGACCCUACAAUCACCACCACAACACACACAUCCGCACCCAAAAUCGAGGAGCCACUAGUGGGGCCAUCGACUGGACUGUUAGACACUUUACUGCCCGAGCUGCAUCGCCUCAAGCGCCGCAUAUUGCUGAUGAAUGACGCCCUAAUGCCUCGUUUGGCUAACCCUCGCCCCAAAUACCGCCACGCUGCGACUGUGCUUUCUCUAGGUACAGGACUGCUGCCGCCCUUUGCGUACUAUAAGAAGGUGGUCUCUCGAGGUGGCAAUCUCGAGAUUAAGGACUUCGAGCUGGUGUCCCCCAACAUGGUUACUGAGGACAUGCAGCAGGAACUCGACUCUGAACCGGAAAUGAUGGACCAGGACUUGGCCGGAGUUCUCCUCUUGAACGCCUCCAAAAGCGAACCACACCGCGGCCACAUUAUGACCCCGUCCAAGUACUAUGCGAAGUACGAGUCCUCGCCUGCUCUGCCGCUAAUAUUCGACGUGUUGCAACAACUGAUGCACAAGAUGCACAACAGCCACAUGAAAUCACCUUUGUCUCAAUUCCUCAACGGCGCCGUGGAGCUGUCGCUGCAGACCAAUCGCGAAGCUAUCGACCAAGAGGAGGAUCCUUUGGAGCUCGAGAGUGAUGACCAACUGGACAAACCCAAGACGGGCAAAGCCAACAAAAUGGAUAAGAAAAGCAAGAAGGACAACAAGAGCAAGCGUCUGGAUGCCUCCAAGAAGGACGACCUCAAGACCAAGGAAGCUGCUGAAGUCGCACCCACCCGCAAGGAGGACGAAAUCGUUCUCACCUGCCCCGUCCACCACGAGCAUCAUGCCAAUCGCAACGGCGAAAUAGUCGACGACGACGUGGUCAUUGUCGACCAGUGUCAUGAUGCAUAGGUCGGUCUCUAGGUCGAGGUAUAGCGGUAGGACAUUAGGUUUAUAGGUAGCAAAGAUUUCGAUUUACGCCUGGGGUGGAACUAAAUUGUUAGGUUUUUCAUUUUUCCUUUAGUGUUUUUUUGGGGGUUGUUUGUUUAGUUUAGGAAUUUUGUCAGUGGCAAAUUAUUGAAAUAUUUUUGAAGAUUAUUUUCGGUUUUUUUGUAUCAAAACUUUGAAUGCCAACAAAGGUUAUACGUGCGUAGAAAGGUAAUAGAAAGAAAAAAAUAAAAGCAACGUACGCAUUCAUUCAAA